AUGGAGCUCGAUCCGGACUACACGUUCGUACAGCUCGUUCCCAGGCACUACAUGGGAAUCGAACAUAAAGACACUCAGCACUACUUUAGGAAAUGGGGAUUGCAAGGCAACAUUAGUAUUCAAGAUUUUUGCUUUAAUCAGCCAUUCCAGCCGUACAAUAAGUAUCAUUUAGCAGAAAAAUUUUUCAAGGACCAGAAGGUCGUUUGCUCUUUAUUGCUCAAGCAAGGAGACUCGUGGGUCAAUAAAGGCAUCAAAGCGGCCUCGGUUCAAGUUACUCCUGUUCCAUGCACGGUAUUAAAUACGUCAUUUUUUGACAAAUUACUUGAUCCUGCCAACAAAAUUGUCCGAGAUUCUGGACUAAUUAACAAGCAAUGUGACACAUACGUCGAUGGAUUUACGAUUUCCGAUAAGCUCCGAGGGAUGCUUCUUGACGAGGAAUGCGAUCAAUACAAUUUGUACAGCGCCAAAGAACGAGAAGAAUUCAUCUUCCGUAUUUUUGAGAUGCUGAUUCUUGGUGGAGCUCUGUGCCAGUAUGAAGAUGAAUUGAAACCCUAUCUGGAUGUUACCAAGAAGAUUUAUAAGGAACUAGUUAGAGUUCGCAAACAAGAAGAGAGUUGUGAUCUGUCCAUAGGAACGACCGUUUUACAAGUGGUAGCGAAGGAUUCUCAGGGCGAAGCGUUUUUUCCGGCCAAUCCAGGCCACCGGCAAAAUAUUGGAUUCCUGCUAAUUGAUGGCUCGGGUCGACAGAUAACGACGCUUUUGCAUCAAUUUGGAAGUUUUCAUUGGUAAACG